AUGCUAGCAUACACGAUUAAGGGCUUGGGUGGCCUCCGGUCUCGUACAAGACCCUUGUACAUCGCAUCUAUAGCUACGCGCAGACCGUCCCGUUCGAGAUGCUAUGCGACACAGCUGAACCUGCCAGGUAUAGAUGCGAAAUGGCAGAGGAUAUGGAAGCGACAAGCGCUAUACGCCUCUAUGAAGGGCGAGGACAGCGGUAUAACUCCUAAGCCUGCGAAAGACAACUUCUACGUUCUGCCCAUGUUUCCUUAUCCGUCGGGGAAUCUUCAUCUUGGGCAUCUUCGAGUCUAUACAGUUGCCGAUGUCCUGGCCCGCUUUCAUAGGCUCCAGGGACGCGAUGUGCUCUUUCCAAUGGGCUGGGAUGCCUUUGGUCUACCUGCUGAAAACGCGGCAAUUGAAAGAGGCAUUGACCCGGCAACUUGGACCAAGCAGAACAUAACACGUAUGAAGCAACAGUUGGACGUGAUGAAUGGCAGUUUUGACUGGUCACGGGAAUUGGCGACGUGCGACCCCAAAUUUUACAAACACACACAGAAGAUAUUCUUGCUCCUUCUGAAGAAUGGCUUGGUGAGCCAGAAAGAAGCCCAAGUCAACUGGGAUCCCGUUGACAAAACCGUACUGGCGAACGAGCAGGUCGAUGCUGAAGGACGGUCUUGGAGAUCAGGGGCCAAGAUCGAACUGCGGAAUCUCAAGCAGUGGUUUUUCCACAUCACAAAACUCCAGGAUGCUCUGCUGCGUGAGCUAAAAACUCUCGGGGAAAAUAGUGCAUGGCCCGAAAAGGUUCUGACCAUGCAGAAGAACUGGCUGGGCCGAAGCCAAUCUGCAUACUACAAGUUUCAGAUCACCUCCCCCAGUGGAUACGAAGCAACGGUCCCGAUAUUCACUACCCGGCCGGAAACUAUAUUCGCUGCUCAGUUCAUUGCGCUAUCCCCGCAUUCCAGCGUCGUUGCUGAGCUUGCCAAGGGAGAUGCCGGGCUUCGUUCAUUUGCUGAACGGGCGAAAGACUUGCCUCACACUUCCACUGAGGGCUAUGAAAUCACCAAUGUAACAGCAGUGAGCCCCUUGCGAUCUGUCCUGGGCGCAUUUGCCGUUUCAUCGGCCCCUCUACGAGUUUACGUUGCGCCUUAUGUUCGAGGAGACUACGAGACUGGUGCAAUUAUGGGCGUUCCAGCUCAUGACGCCAGAGACUUUGCCUUCUGGAAACAGCACUGUCCCAACGAACCAAUUAAAUACGCAGUAUCUCCUACGGAAGAUGGUUCAAUAGAGAGCCUAAACGGGCAGCCCUUUCUCGACUCAGGGUACAUGACCUCUUUGGUAGGCAAGUAUCAAGGUCUUCCGUCCGAACAGACCGCGAAACUCGCCGCAGAUUUGAUCAAAAAUAAGACCGGGAUGGCUGAAGCCAUAGUUAAAUGGAAACUGCGUGACUGGCUUAUCAGUCGACAAAGAUAUUGGGGAACGCCGAUUCCCAUCAUUCACUGUGCCAGUUGUGGUCCCGUCCCGGUACCAGAGAAUCAAUUACCAGUCACUCUGCCCAAGGUCGAUCACCAUUGGGCAGACGGAAAAUCUGGAAACCCACUGGAGUCUGCUACUGAAUGGAUUAACACCAAGUGUCCUAAAUGUCAUGGGCCAGCGAAGCGAGACACUGAUACCAUGGACACUUUUGUCGACUCGAGUUGGUACUACAUGAGGUUUGCAGACCCUGAAAACCCGCGCCAGCCUAUAUCCAGAGCUGCACUCGAGAGUCGUUUGCCCGUGGACUUGUACAUUGGUGGCGUGGAACAUGCUAUCCUGCAUUUACUCUAUGCCCGUUUCAUAUUCAAGGUUGUCACGGAUCUACUCUAUCCCAAGGAAAGCGAGUCAGUAUUUAGGGCGUCGAGGGAGCCUUUCAAGAGACUCAUCACGCAAGGGAUGGUCCAUGGGAAGACGUACAGCGAUCCCUUGACUGGUCGUUUCUUGAAGCCUGACGAGGUCGACCUAUCCAACCCGUCAGACCCCAAAGUAGUCGCCACUGGGCAUUCAGCUGCCAUUAGCUAUGAAAAAAUGUCCAAGUCGAAACACAACGGGGUCGAUCCAACCGCUUUCAUCGCCAAAUAUGGUGCUGAUGCAACGAGGGCCCACAUGCUCUUUCAAGCACCGGUCAGUGAUGUUGUCAACUGGGACGAAGACAAGAUUGCGGGUAUUACAAGGUGGCUGAAUCGAUUACACGCCUUUGUGCAGACAAUAUCAUCAAUGUCGGAAGGGCCCCAAAGGCGGGAAUGCCGGCCAGGAGAGGCUUAUUUCUCCCAACCACCGCAAGGAAGCAGUAUCGCUGCUACUCAGUGGGCGGCGGACGUCGUGGUGUGGCGUACAGCACAGGAGACCAUUACCGCCGUCACAAAUGCAUACGAUAAAGUCAACUCGUUGAACACCACGGUGUCGCUUCUCAUGAGUUUCACCAACAGAGUCUUGGAAAACCCGGAAGCAUCAAAUGGAAUCAAGGCCGGAGCCGUCAGUAUCCUCUUGCGCAUGAUGGCGCCCAUCGCGCCAGCGUUCACGGAGGAAUGCUGGCAGAUGCUGCACCCGACGUCCAACAGCAUAUUCGACCUCGAGGACGGGAAAGCGGUCUGGCCCAUACCCGAUGGAACGAUGCAGUACCUCAAAGAGGCGGGCAUCAAGUGUGCCGUCCAGGUCAACGGCAAGCUGCGUUGUGUGGUGGACAUAGCAGGGCGGCCACAGGGGCUGGUGGAACAUACUACGGCUUUCAAGGAUUGGCUCACGGAGCAAAUCCUCGGGUCUGAAGAUGCGCGCGCAAAGUUAACGGGGGAUGGAAAGGAUAUCCGCAAUGCGAGGAGGGUGAUCGCUGUGAAGGGGGGCAAGACGGUAAAUUAUGUGUUGUAA